CGGGUGAAAUUUCACUAAACUUGGCAUAAAAAAACUAAAGGAAAUCAUCCCCGGACCAAAUUGUAUAAAAUUUUGCUUGGAAAGAGUGAUGUUCUUCCGUUCUUGAGCCGAUCCAAACGCCUGAACAAGCCGACCCUUGUAAUAAUGGGGGAGAAACUUUUGGAUGAGUAUUUGAACGCGGUGUACGAGGCGACCGAGAACGCCGACGGCAACGCACUCGGACAACUCGUCUCUCUGCAGAACCCACGCUGGUUCGUGCGCAACAGGGCGGCGGUGAACGAGGACGCCGUCGACUCCUACCUGUCACCACCCGUCGGCGAAUUCGUGCUGGCCCACAUGCACGCGGCCAACAGCAUCCACGACUCGGACUGGCUGAAGGCGUUCGAGCACCAGUGCGCCAUGGUCGCCGCCAUCACCAAGUGGCUGCAGCUGCAGAAGGACGAGAACUGGAGUCUGCCGGUCAUGCACACCGCCUGCGUCGAGCUGCGUCUCCUGGCCCUGCAGGCCGAACGGGUGCAGAAGAGGUCGCACUCCGGCGCCCAGGUCGAGUUCCUCGAGAAGGCGGCCGACUGUCUCAUGGCCUGUUUCCGCAUCUGUGCCUCGGACAACCGGACAUCCGAGGAGGCGACCAAACGCUGGGGCAUGUUGGCCCUCAUCAACCAGCUCUUCAAGGUCUACUUCCGCAUCAAUAAGCUCAAUCUGUGCAAACCCCUCAUCAGAGCCAUCGAGAGCUCACCUUUCAAGGAAGACUUCAGUCUUGGACAGCAGGUCACAUAUCGUUAUUACACAGGUCGUAAGGCCAUGUUCGACAGUGAGUACCGAUUGGCCGAGGAGUAUUUGGAGUACUCGUUCCAGCACUGCCACAUCCAGAGCAGGAAAAACAAACGCCGCAUCCUCAUCUACCUGAUUCCCGUCAAGAUGCUGCUGGGCUACAUGCCGAAGAGGGCGCUCCUUGAGAAGUACGACCUGAUGGCCUUCUGGCCCGCCGCCCAGGCCAUCCGAGAGGGAAAUUCCAACGGCCUGAGCCGCGCCAUUGAAAAGCACGAAGCCUUUUUCAUCAAGAACGGAGUCUACAUUAUGCUGGAGAAACUCCGAAUGAUUGCGUUCAGAAAUCUGUUCAAGAAGGUCUACCACAUUCUCAACUCGCACCAGAUAGACAUUGCGGCGCUCAAUGUGGCUCUCAAGUUUUCGGGAGUGUCGGACGCCGACAUGGAUGAAACGCAGUGCUUGGUGGCAAAUUUGAUCAACGACAACAAGAUCAAGGGCUACAUUUCCCACCAGCACAACAAGCUCGUUGUCAGCAAGCAAAAUCCUUUCCCUGCACUGCACACUGUGGCUUGAUCAAAUAUAGAAAUAAUUUUUGUCUGAAAUAAGUGGGAAUAAUUUAAUAAUCACACCCUUUAUGAUUUAUU